CACCGUUCUCUCAUGUCUUCAUUUAGAUGGCAUGCUUCUUCUUCCGUUCUUUAUGACAGGUCUUCACGCCCGAUAGCGAUAUUGUUUUAUCACUUCUAUCUGUUGAUAUAAUCGAGGCGAAGAUAUUACAGUAGAAGAUACACAUCUCCAACAUACUUCCGACACAAGACGGAUCCAAGCCAAAUUCUGCCACCUAUCACCCACAAUGUCGUCCCUCGACUCCUUCAUCAGCAACAUAACCUCUUACAUCACCUCAGUAGCCGCGGACCUCUCCAUCUCUGUCAAUCUCACCAAUAUCACCACUUCACCCAAUUCCGAUAUUGCUAUCAACAUCAAGCAACCAACUCCAUCAUCCUGCCCCUCAAACAGCUGUUCCUACUUCCCCUGGGGCCCCUUUAUCGUGUUCUGCCAAAUCGCCCUAUUCAUUUGCAUUUUCUGUUUCGCUGCGGGAUCUUCGCUCAGCCGUGAUGACCUCCUAACCGACCUCGACAAUACACCAGCACAUGAGCUACACGCCAAGGUAUCCGAACUGUGCGAUAUGCAUCUAGACGGCAGAGAUAGAAAGGAAAAGCCAGAACUGCAUGUUUACGUUAAGAACGAUUUUGGGAAGGGGGAGAGGAAAAUCACAAUUCUGGAGAGACUUGGCGGUGGUGAGAGGGAGCAAAGCAAGGUUGUUGAGGAGGAGUGGUGUUUGGGGAUGGAGUGGAGACCUGGAAUGGCUACGAGGCGGUUUCCGGGGCUUGGGAUCAGUGAAGAGAAGGCGAGGAGUUUGAAAGGAGAUGAGGAGGUGGGAAGGUUGUUGGCGGGGUUUUCGGAUAGGAUUAUAUGA